AUGGCUGGUCUAACUGCAGGUUUAAAGAUCGAAGUGUUGUCUAAAUCUUGGGAGUGCAAUACAAAGUUGAACACCCUUACUGAUGCUCGCGCAUGGUCGGAAGAGCACCGAUAUGUUCAACUCAGUGAAUACGACGAUGACGAAUUGAUUCGGGAUCAGUUCUGUGUCAAAAAGAAAGGGCGAUAUAGUUAUGUCGUCUGGAAAAAAGAAGCUGGGCAGCCAGAAGUUGUAUUAAAUAUCUCAGGCUUUGUUGUAUCGUCAUUUUUUGGUCCAAUCAAUCGACAUGUCAAUUUACGCAUCACGAGGCAAAACAUUACUAUCGUUGGAUUGGGAAAUCCUGCCUUUAAUUCGGCUCUGUCGGUGUUGCGACGAAUCUAUCGCUUGCUUGACCAGAGCCAUCCCAUCGGUGCUAUGCAGCCUUUUCGUUCUACUAAAGUCUUGGACACACCAGCAUUCACUGCAGAGGCACGAUUCUUGACGUCUAUUGAGGACGUCGAAGCGUUUGCAACUGAUGGUUAUUCUCUUCGACAUUCGCAAGAUCCUCAGCAUAUUUUACAGAGUUGUGUUGGGAGUGGGAAGUUUGCGUACACUGAAGAUAAUCAUGUCGAACUUAGUGAACUUGGCGAUGCCGACCCAGACACAGGGUAUGCAAAGGUUAGUAUUAUCCCUGCCAACAUUUUUUUGAUCAAUUUGAUUGGCUUUGAUAAAUUUUCCUGCAUUAUCAGUAUGAAGUUGAAGUCUAACAGGCUCUAUAACAUCAUUAUCAUUGACAUUUUCAGAGUUACUUUUGCAAGUAUCACUGUCACCAUUGUUAUCGUCACUGUCGCCAUCUUUAUUGUCUAA